GAGGCUGACCCCAGGAUGGCUGAGACCAAGGAGAAGAUCUGCAACUACCUGUUCAGCGUGGAGGAGAGCACAGCCCUCAACCUGGCCAAGGGCAUUGGCUUCUCCAGGGCCAAGGACGUCAACGCCUUCCUGAGCGCCCUGGAGAAGCUGGGGGACGUCCGCAAGCAGAACACCAACCCCCCCCGCUGGGCCCUCACCGACCGCAAGAGGGAGAGGAUGCAGCUGAGGCUGAAGGCCAGCACGCUGCCGCAGGCAGCUGAGGCAGAGCUGCCCCUUCCCUUCGCUCCUCCUUGUCCUCAAGAGGUGGCUGCUGCUGUCACCACCACCACCACCACCACCACCACCUCCCCUUCCUCCUCCUCUGCCGCCGCCGCCACCGCCGCUGCUUCCCCGGCGGUGACCUCGGAGGAGGGCAGCCUGGAGAAUGGGCAGCAGUCCGUGGGGCAGAGCGAUGGCAGUGAGGUGGAUGCAGCCCUGCCUGAGGACCCCAAGGGCAAAUUCUCCAGCCUGAGCAGUUAUGACAACUCUGAGGAUGCCAAGUGGGCCACGGACGACAUCCCGGACAACCUCAACACCAUCGCCAAGCAGCCCAACGAGUCGGAGGCCAUCAUGAACUGCCAGCCCUGCCCUGCUUAUGCUGCCCACUAUGAGACUGCCUUCCCCUGCACCCCUGUGGAGAAGCUGAUGGCUUGUCAGGAGAAGAACCCUGUGAGUGGCCUCACUGAGUAUUCCCAGUUCACCUCCCAGCACUGUGAGUUUGCCCUGCUGGAGCAGACUGGACCCUCGCACGAGCCACGGUUUAAGUUCCAGGCAGUGAUCAACGGUCGCAGGUUCCCACCAGCAGAAGCAGGCAGCAAGAAAUUGGCCAAGCAGGAGGCAGCAGCCAAGGCCAUGAAGAUCCUGAUGAGUGAGGCAGAGAAUGGAGGAGGAGGACAUGGUGGGGUUCAGUGUGAGGAGCAACCUCCCUCCACCAACUCUGAAGGGGAGCUGUCUCUGCACCCAGAGCCUGAAGCCUCACCUGCAGCAGCUCAGCUCCAGCUGCUCCCUGGGAAGCAUCCCAUCAGUGUCCUGAUGGAGUAUGGGCAGAAGUCAGGCAACUCCAUCGAGUUCCAGCUGCUCUCUCAGGAAGGGCCUCCUCAUGACCCCAGGUUCAGCUACUGUGUGAAAAUGGGAGACCAAAUCUUCCCUGCCGUGGUAGGGAACAGCAAGAAGGGAGCAAAGCAGAUGGCAGCCGAAGUUGCUGUGAAGAUUCUUUCUGGAGAGUCUCUGCCUCAGGUCUUGCCUGAGCAGCCUUUCCUGAAGCCCCAGGGGGACCAGGCCAGCCACAGCUCCGGCCCAUACAUCACCACUCUGGAUGACAGCAAGACCUCCAAAUCCAAAGGUGUUGGGGACCUCAUCAAGUACCUGAACGUCAACCCCGUCAGUGGGCUGCUGGAGUACGCUCGCUCCAACGGCUUCGCUGCUGAGUUCAAGCUCAUUGACCAGUCAGGACCUCCCCAUGACCCCAAGUUUGUCUAUCAGGCAAAGGUUGGAGGUCGUUGGUUCCCUGCUGUCACUGCCCACAGCAAGAAGCAAGGCAAGCAGGAGGCAGCCGACGCCGCCCUCAGGGUCCUCAUUGGGGAGACUGAGAGGAACGAACGCCUGGAGGGGAUGAACAUCACUGAGCUCCCUGUGAGUGGCAGCACCCUGCAUGACCAGCUGGCCAUGCUGAGCCACCAGUGCUUCAUCACCCUCACUGCUGGCAUCCAGCACAGCCUGCUGGGGAGGAAGAUCCUGGCUGCCAUCAUCAUGAGGAAGGCAAACAAAGGCCUGGGAGUGGUGGUCAGCAUUGGGACAGGGAAUCGUUGUGUGAAGGGGGAGGAGCUGAGCUUGAAGGGGGAGACAGUCAACGACUGCCAUGCAGAAAUCAUCUCCAGGAGAGGCUUUAUCAGGUUCCUCUACAGUGAGCUGCUGAAGUACAACCCCUCCAGCCCUGCCUCUGCAGAGCAGAGCAUCUUUGAGCCAGCAGCAGCAGGGAGGAAGCUGAGGGUGAAGAGUGGAGUCUCCUUCCACCUCUACGUCAGCACAGCCCCAUGUGGAGAUGGAGCUCUCUUUGACAAGUCCUGCACUGACCAGGCUGCGGUGCUGGGGCAGGCUCAGCACCAACCUCUCUUUGAGAACCCCAAACAAGGCAAACUGAGGACCAAGGUGGAGAAUGGGGAAGGCACCAUCCCAGUGGAGUCCAGUGAUAUUGUGCCCACCUGGGAUGGCAUCCAGCACGGAGAGCGCCUGAGGACCAUGUCCUGCAGCGACAAAAUCCUGCGCUGGAACACCCUGGGGCUGCAGGGGGCUCUGCUCUCCCACUUCCUGGAGCCUGUCUACCUCAGCUCCAUCACCCUGGGUUAUCUCUACAGCCAGGGCCACCUCACUCGUGCCAUCUGCUGCCGCCUGGCCAGGGAGGGCAGCAGGCUGCAGGACCAGCUGCAGGCUCCCUACCACCUCAACCACCCUGAGGUGGGGAGGGUCAGUGUCUACGACUCAGCGAGGCAGACAGGGAAGACCAAGGAGUCCUCAGUGAAUUGGUGUCUUGCUGAUGAAGGAGAAGUGGAGGUCCUGGAUGGCACCAAAGGGAAGGUGGAUGGCCCCAAGCUGGAGGUCUCUAGGGUCUCCAAGAGGAAGAUCUUUGGCCUCUUCCAGCAGCUGUGUGCCAAGCACAGCCGCAGGGACCUGCAGGGCCUCUCGCUCUACUCGGAGGCCAAGGAGGCAGCCACAGCCUACCAGGGAGCCAAGCAGAGCUUCUUCAGAGCCCUGGAGGAGCUGGGCUAUGGCAGCUGGAUCCAAAAACCCCGGGAGGAGGAGAACUUCUCCCUCCCUGAGGCAUAA